AUGAAGCUCUCAGGUGCAUGCUUCACGACAUCAACUUCGGGUGAUCAGUGCCAUGCACAGAUCAUGACAGACAUCUCGACCAACCUUGGUGCUGAUACGAUAACAUUUGAGUUGAAGCCUAAGUGUGGUAUCCGUGCUGUCCCUGGGUACCCUUGUCGUUUCGUGAUGCAGCGUAGUGAUGAUCCUGGCUUCGACCUCGACAAGUUCUACGAUCCAUACAGGCUCUAUUUCGGACAUGAUAUCUAUGGUGAGGUGAAGAAGCUCUUUGACCAGAGACCUCGAGGCUUCCUGAAGUUGAGAUCGCCUGGGACUCUGUCGACUUUACCGCGAGAUGCUGUUUGUGAGGCCAUCUCAACAGUGCUUCGUUCGACGCCAAUCUUAUCUCGGUUAGCAGCCUUGCAGAACUAUGCUUCGAUAGAUGAGGCACUACCAGACUUCGCGGCUAAGCUCUGGGAAUGGCUUGUCGAGCAAUGCCGGCUCGAUCCAAGCAUAGUGAUUCGGCAUCACUAUCCUCAUACUCUACCUAGUGUGGAAGAGUUCCGAUCAUUCGAAGCUGUUCAUGAUAUCGGUAAAGUCACUGAAUGGCUGUCCAUAUUUCUACUAGGCCGUAUGGCCAUGGACGUCAGUCUGUUUCUAUCCUUUUCCCCGCAGGCAGUCGGUCCUCCGUUCAAUCAAGUUGAUGAGGUGGAUGCCGGAGAGCUCUUUCCAGGGCAUCGCGGAAAGCCUCUGUGGUGUCGUCUCACUGUUAUCGACACCGAUCCCAAGCCUUUCAGUAAGCUGCCCUUCUACUUUGGUCAACUGGCCAAGUGCAAGGUGAAAUUUGAGGAGCAUUCUCCAGCAGUCACUGAGUGA